AUGGAGCAGCAAGGCAGCCUUUCAAAUCUUGGUGUGAGAGCCACAGCCGAGAACCGCAGCGGGCGUGUUUCUGACAUCCUCUCUGCCUUUGCGGCUGUUGCUGUGCGCAUGAACCUUGUCAGGCCUGCUCUCCUGAGACAGAUCUCGGGCCGGAGACGGCGGGCUGACGGACGACAUCGAGUACAGGUACUGCUUGUCCAAAAAUGUUCAUCUGUCGGUCGGUUCCGGGACGGAGAAUCUUCUGUUGCGCAGCAGAUGAACCAUGGGACCUUGGUGAUGUACCUGAAGCCUGGUGCAGUAACGCGAAUUGUGGCAGGCAAUAUCAUGGGGUUGGGGAUGGACUCCAUCGAUUCCGCGCUUAACGGCGAGUAG